AUGGGUCAUAAAUCACUCAAGGACACAGCCAAGGACAACCCCAGUCAACUUGGCGACCCAGUAUCUCUAAAGGCCGAGACAUCGAACACAGAGCCUACUGAGAAGGACCGCCCCAACAAGUCAGGCGAUGGACACAAGUCACUCAAAGACCUAGCAAAGCAGAAUCCCACCCAGCUAGGAGACCCUGUGAGCUUGAGAGCCGAGACCAGCGACACCGAACCAACAGAGAACGACCGGGGAGCAAGCAAGGCACACCCCGAAAAGACAGGGAAGCCAAAGUUGUAG